AUGAUUGCCGCAACGAAACGGAGAGUUCUCGAUGGAAUGAACCGCCGAUAUAUUUACGGUCGCGUGGUACGCAUCUCCCUCUUUUCCUACGAUUUCUACGGAAGAGCAAAGCCAAACAAUGUCACCGGUGGCUCCGGAUCCCUUCCCGACUCCUUGAGCGCCACAGCUAAUUCGGUCGCCUGUCAUGGGCUACAGCCUCUCCUACACACGAUUAUUUUCCUCGUCGAGAUGGCCGUAGCUACUCGCCUUGCCGCCAAGUUUAACACCUAUUAUGCCGAAAAGCCAGUUCUUACGACUAUGGUCACCAACGCGGUGCUUGGUGGGGUGGCCGAUACGGUUGCGCAGCUUAUCACGGCGUUCAGACAUCGAUCACAGCAACAAAUGAUGGAGAACAACGACUUUAUUUCGAUAGAGAUUGAAGAUUUGGAUAAGCAAAGGCCGCCUGUUGUUGGGGAGUUGGGAUAUACCAAAACUGCGCCGCCACCAUUCGACUUUGAGCGUCUGACUCGGUUUAUGGCCUAUGGUUUCUUCAUGGCUCCCAUACAAUUCCAGUGGUUUGGCUUUUUGUCCCGGGCAUUUCCUCUCACCAAGGCGAACCCGACCACUCCGGUAUUCAAGCGUGUCGCUUUUGAUCAAUUUAUCUUUGCACCAUUCGGUCUCGCCUGCUUCUUUUCGUACAUGACAAUCGCUGAGGGUGGCGGUAAGAGAGCUUUGGCACAGAAGUUCCGCGAUGUAUACCUGCCGACUCUCAAAGCCAACUUUGUGCUGUGGCCGGCGGUGCAGAUUCUCAACUUCCGGGUCAUUCCUAUCCAAUUCCAGAUUCCAUUUGUCUCAUGCAUUGGUAUCGCGUGGACUGCGUACCUCUCGCUCACUAACUCCUCCGAGGAGUCUUAA